AUGGCUUCCUACCUCAUCACUGGCUGCUCCAGAGGCAUUGGUCUGGACAUGGUCAAGCAGCUAUCAGCCAGACCAUCCUCUGCAGUGGCUACUAUUUUUGCAACAACUCGAGCACCGACCCCUCCCCAGCCACUGGCCGACCUCAUCCAGGCUGACAGCAAGCGCAUACACUUCGUCCAGCUAGACACAGAUGAUCGUGCAAGUAUUGAAGCAGCCGCAUCGAACAUCGAGCAGCAACUUGGACAGAGUGGUUUAGACAUUCUUGUCAACAACGCCGGCAUAGCCCCAUGGGAAUCCGACCCCCCUCUCGGCAUGGACAGUCUCGAACAAGCGCUCAAGACCAAUGUCGUAGGAGUCCGCGACAUCAUCACGGCGUUCCUCCAACUGCUGCGCAAAGGCCAGCAGAAGAAGAUCAUCAACGUCAGCAGCACCAUGGGAUCAAUGGCCUUGGCCGAAUUGGUAGCCUCAGUUCCAAGGCCGUCGUACAAGAUCUCGAAAGCGGCACUCAACAUGCUGACGGUUCAGUACUCGAUCUAUCUAAGGGACGAGGGUUUCACCACGGUCGCCAUCUCUCCGGGCUGGCUGAAGACAGAUUUAGGUGGCAAGGAAUAUGCUGAUCUAGAGGUGGACGUCGGUGUCAAAGCUACCCUGGAGCUCAUCGAUAGGCUGAAGCAAGAAGAUACGGGGAAGUUCUUGAAUAUACAUAUACCUGGAAACCCAACGUAUGAUGGAGAGGCGUUGUACCCCUCCUGGUAA